GCAAUUGUCAUUAUUAUCAAAGCUAUUCUUUGCGAAUUCGCCAUGCACAUACAUAUGUAUCUUCUAGUAGUCUAACAGACAGGUAUAAAGCCUCUUCUUACCAUUCGCCACAUCGCUCGAUCGACUUGCCCCCGUCUAUCAACGACGUCAACAUUCACUACACCACCCAAACACAAACGCAUGCGCUGCCCGGAGGCCAGAAAGUGUUUAAGGACCAUGUCGAGCGACGACAUCCGGCCCUGCACUUUUCCCACAGAGUCGCAAAAGGAUGUGGACGAUACAGCGUCUUCGUCGACGAGUGCGAGUGCGUCGCAUUUGAGCGAAUGUCAGAAUGCUUCGGAGAUCGAGGACGAGGUGACACCUGAGCCGCUAUACAGCCUCACCGUACAGCUACAUGGCAAGCCGGCCUCUAUCCCCGUCUAUGCCGACGAUGCGACAAUACAAGAUCUUUCAGACCAGAUUGCCGAAGACCUAAGCAUACCACCAGCUCAUCAGAAGCUCCUCAUCACACCCAAGACAGGACUGCUCAAGCCGCCUUUCAAGGAUCCCGGUCUCCUCAUUUCUUCCAUCAAGAACAAGAAGAUCGUGCUGAUGGGCGCGACUACGGCAGAGGUGCAAGAGCUGGAAAGCGAUAUCGCAGAGCGCAAGGCGAGGAUGGGCCGAAGAAAAGCAGCACUACAAGCCGCUCGCAAAGUCAAGGCCAACAGGAGUCGUGAUUGGAAGAAGGUCCAGGAUGAUGCGCGAUAUACUUUUCACAUGAUCAAGCCUCUUGACUACCUUCCGAAUCCUGAGAAGAGUCAGCGGUUUCUGGAGCGAUUGGCAGACGAUGCUGGCAUAAAGGCAGCUAUGCGCAAUCACGGCUUCUCGGUCGGACUAUUGACGGAGAUGAAUCCUGCUGAACACACCACUCAUGAAUCGCGAACCCUCGGUCUCAAUCGCAAUCGUGGCGAGGUUAUCGAAUUACGACUGCGAACGGAUGCCUACGAUGGCUAUCGCGACUACAAGGUCAUUCGAAAGACACUCUGCCACGAACUGACACACAAUGUCUGGGGCGACCACGAUCAACGCUUUUGGAAGCUCUGUCGUGAAAUCGAAGCCGAAGUCGAAAAGAACGAUUGGCGACGCGGUGGACAUUCAAUCGGUGGCGAAGAGUUCUUUAACCCCGAAGAUGACGGUGAAGACGAAGAAGCAGAUCAUGGUGGCUGGGAAGGUGGCGAGUAUGUUCUCGGGGCAUCGGCUUCGAGCAGUACUGCGGGCCCUUCUGCCGAGCCUCUCAGCAGAAGAGAGAUCAUCGCACGAGCAGCAGAAGAGAGGAUGAAGAGACAGCGAGAAGCAAAAGAUGCGAAAGAUGCUUCGGCGAAGUGAUGAGGCUGAUGACCGCGGAGCGAGCGAGCGAGUGAUUUUACAUAUUUCGACCAUUGCCGAAGUUUUGCAUAUGAGAUACCCAGACGUUCCUCUUUGGAAAAAGAAAUGAAGGGACACGAGAGAGCAUGGGAAGGAGUCAAAUCGACACUUUGUACAUAAAAGAGCAUGAGUGCAUCAACUAUACUAAAAUUCGAAACUGAUGGUUAUUUCCAAAAGAAAAUUCACCCACAUCUCGCUAUUUUUUGACCAAAAAGAAACUCUUGCACAAAUGCGAAGAUAGAGUGAACUCCACCAACAAGUACAGGCACUUCUUGAUACCUUAUGGUUUUAGAAGUCUGUAUUUUUUCCUGCAAUUUCUCACUCGAUUUCUCAUCCAUUGUAAUCACGUCGUGAGGUCUAGAAGCCUUUGUUUUAUUGAAUGCAUCCAUUGAGCUAGCUAGCUAGCUAGACAGAGCUGAGAAUGGUGUUCAUGCGUUCUUGCUCUUUCCGGCGGGCAUCCAUGGGCAAUGGAGCAUAUUGGCGGCAUAAGAAGAGCGACUGAAGGCCGUUAUAGCAAGGCACCUUGAAGACCUGACAGCGCAAUACAUCGAGGCCACGAACAAGUGUGACAAGGACCAUAUCAUCUAGGGUAUGAUAGCCAGAGCCAUGAGAACAACCACCGAACAACGCGGCCUCCAGAGUCGUAUCGUUGGACCAGAAACACACUUGGAAAUCGUCAACCAAUUUUUCGACGAUGACUCAACCACUGAGAUUUCUCCGGUCACUAUCCGUGCCACGGUACAUGGUCCGGCUGUUG